CCUGCAUACAGAUUGAGCCUUGCAUUUUAUCGCCUAUUUCGCAGGCCAAUAUUCUCGUCCAUCUUAGAAGUAAAAUAGAACCUCUGAUUAUCUGGUACAAGGUGGUCCACUCACUCCAGAGCAUAUGCCCAAGGUGUGAACUCACUUUUGGUGUUUUGAAGCUCCAAAUAGCAUUCAUCCUGAUUAAUAGAUGUAUAAAUUAAUACAUGUAUGACUUGAUGUCAAGGACAGCAGGUGUGAAUGGAAAAUGGAGUGAACUAUGACAGUCAGGUUCUUGGUUCUUCCGUGAUUUUUCUGGACCCUAAAAGAGGGGAACAUAUCAGUCUUGAAACGAGUGCAUUUUGCUGGUUUCAUGUGCAGUGACAUGGAUAUUUACAACAUGUACUUUCAAUUUUUGGAUGAAUCCAUACUAGCCUUUUCUGUCUCCAUACCCCUUUCUCUUGAAGGCUGUAGGCAAGUGACACGCCCCUUCAGAGGAAACCUAGUCUGUCAAAUUGAUGGCCAGGAACAGAAUUGUACCAUCUCCUGUUGGCAAGGCUACUCAUUCAGCCGGGCCGUUCUACCCUCUUACCAAUGUGGUGCAUCUACCAACUACAAGUGGUCCCAUGAGACAGAAGACAACCCAAGACUGGCCCUCCCGCAGUGUACAAAGUACAAGCCACCAAAUAAGAUUGCCAUGGUGAUGAACCUGGCUUAUAGCACUAAUCUGACCUGCGAUGGGUUUGACCCUGCUAGAGACAGCCUGGUUCAUCAGACAGUCAGAGACAAAAUCACCUUGAACGUAAAGACACUCAGCUGUGUGCAGGAUAACUCAUGUAGUGUGAAACGUGCCCAGGUCAGUGGCUGCAGCACCCAGAGUCCAGCAGACCAGACCCACAGACGCCGCCGCCGAUCAGUUGAGCUGAUCCAAAUUACCAUCAGACUGGAACGUGAUAUCCAUGUCCCUGACCAACAGAACCUGACCAGUGAACAAGUGACCAACCAAAACAGCACUAUUGAGGCAGUCAGUGAACUGCAAGAUGCAGCUCUACAGUUGAUCAACAAGUCCGCAUCAGGCCAGUUUGCCCUAAAUGUUGACCAUCAGGUUUACGACGUUGACACUGAGAGGACCCAGGCCUAUGGCAUGCAAGUCUGUCCCCAUGGCUCAGUGCGCAUGAAUGCACAGGAUGCGCGAUGUGUUCCCUGUGAGUCAGGCUGGUAUGAAAACAAGGAGGCUUGUUAUGCCUGCCCACCUGGCACGUACCAGUCACAAGAGGGCAGCAUCUACUGCCAAGACUGUCCACGUGGGCAUACCACCAUUGGCCCUGGUGCUACAGAAGAAGAAGAUUGCGAAGUCAUCGCUUUGUAGUCCUGACAGGUUAUGAAUUUGUUUAGCCUCUCCCAAUAGUUAGUGUAUGUACAUGUAGCUUUUGAACAGGAAAUUGAUCAUAUACGUUAUUUGUAUGAGCGAUAAUUGAAAUGAAAACAUAAAGUAGAUGUAGCAUUUCUUCCCCAUGAAGGUAAAGCACAAUUUAAAGGAUUUUUUAGUGAUUUUUCCACUGUCUAUCAACUUAUAAGAAUCUUAGCUGUGAAACCAGUUUGAAGAAUUUUUAUGAGCUGAAUGUUACUAGCUACAUGUAUGUUGAAUUAACUUUUCAAAUUUACACAGACUUUGAAAUGUUAGAUUUUUAAAGUAUCCUAAUCAAACUGACAAAGUGUACAACAGUAGAACUUCAUGCCAGUUAUUUACUGUACAAAAACGAGGAACCAGAGGCCAUGGUUUAUACCCGUAACUCAGAAUUUCUUACCCAAAGGUGUAUGGCGUCAUUGAGACCAAGAAAGCCAUCAGCUUUCUGUGUUCUUUUUUAUGUGUUUGAAAUAAGUAUGCUGUCUGUAUUUUACAGUUCUCCUUGAUAUUACAUCGUUGCUACAUAUUCAAAGGCAGUUUCCCUUUUUUCCCAUAUUUUUCAUUAUCCCCCUCACUAAUUGUCACUACACCAAUGAGAAUUGAAUAAAAACAAUUCAACUUUCCUGUAAGUUCUGUAGUAAACUGUUCUGAACAGGUUAUGGAAAUGAAAGCCUAUCGCUGAAUGGAAUACUAGAGCUCAAAAUCAGAUAUAUGUAUGUCAUUAAGAAAUUGUUAGACUUAGCACAACACUGCUUUAAAGUACAUUUAGUUUGCGGCAGUAUCAAGAUUUGAGCACUCAAUUAAUGAAAGAAUGCCUCGUAAGUUGGUGUUGUAUUAAAGAUGAUUGGCUUUAUAAUGCAUGGAAUGAAAAUGGGUAUACAAGUAUGAUAGAACAAGCUAUAAACUAGUACAUUUACAACUGUCUAGAGACAUGGCACUAAUUACCAUCAGCUAGGUUCAUUAUCUGAACCAGGACCCAGGUUUGUUUAAACAUUAUUACAGUUUUGGUGACGCAAACAUUUUGCUAACCUGAAGCAUUACAGUAAACCUAGAUAUGGAGAUUUCUGUUGUUGCACCACUAUUUUAAGCAGUCUGCCUUUGAAGUUGACCCUGUUAGCAGAAAGUCCAGUGAUUGACCCAGGGUAAUUUCAUCUUUGAUGUGUGUCAAUCUAGUCCUCAACUUGAGUAUUGACAGUAAUGUUUAAAGACUGUUUAAAAUCCAAAACAAAUGAGAAUUGGUCAGAAUUUGCUGUGCUUCUAUAUCAACUAAUCAUCUUUUCUCGAUAGGAAAUCAACAUGCAUGCACUUUGAAGAAAUUAUUUUGUAUAAUUAAAUGUAAGAACAUUUACUCAGGUAAUAUUAUACCAUGAAUAAAUUCCUUUGUUUUUAUGCUGUUUGUAAUAAAAUGCAUGAAUUGCUAGCAGUAA